AUGAAACUACUUGUAGUUCGAGACCAGAGUUCAAAAAUUCUGGGCCAUCGUUGGCUAAAUUCUCAGAUAUCAUUUUAUAUUGGUGUCGUGCAACUUAUAAUCUGUAUUUGGGCAAUGGCUCAACAUAUUUAUUCACUUAAACGAUUUAAUAAGAUUUUAUUUUGCGACUUUAUUAAUGGAACUCAACCGUCAUUACUCGUCAGCGUCGAUAUGAUCAUAUUUGACAUCGGUCUUUUUCAUGCUCUAUGGGGCAUCGAUAACUGUGUUGCUCAAUAUCUUGAUGGCGGUUAUGGUCGUUUUGGAUGGUGCAUUUGCCAUAUAACUGCAUUUAUUAUUUGCUUACCUUUCGCAUUCGUUGCGCGGCCAAGGCCUUAUUCAUUAUGGCCGCUUUUAAUUCAGGUUUCUUUUAAUAUGGAAUCUGGAAAAAAGUGCAGCAGAAAAAUUUAG